AUGCCAUCACAGCUUAGAGAACUCUUUGUAACCCUACUGUUAUUCUGCAAAGUAACUGACAUGCGAAGCUUAUGGGAGAGCAUCUUCAAGGAUCUUUCAGAUGACAUACAACGGAAGAAAAGGAGGUUAUUCAAACAUCCAAAUCUUAUACUCUCGGAAGAUCAGAUCAGGACAUACACCCUCAUUGAAAUCAACAGAAUCCUGAUGAAAUUUGGAAAGUCGUUGUCUGAUUUCAAAGAUAUGCCACAACCUGAUCUCACAGAAGUAGAUUGCAUGGAAAACAAGCUUAUAGCAGAAGAAAGACUCUACGACACCAGACAAUUACAAGCAGAUUGGUCCGAUAGAAUAAAAAGGCUAAACAAAGAGCAAUUAGAUGUUUACAACAGAGUGGUGCAAGCUGUCGAAAAAGACACGGGGGAGACAUUUUUCGUGUACGGCCAUGGAGGGACAGGAAAAACAUUCCUGUACUGCACCAUCACCGCUAAGCUACGUGCUGAUCGCAAAAUAGUUCUAAAUGUUGCGUCAUCAGGUAUUGCUGCCCUAUUGCUGCCCGGAGGAAGAACAACACAUAGCAGAUUUGAGAUACCAAUUGAAAUCCUAGAAAAUUCCACGUGUAACAUCAGCCGCAAAUCACAACUAGCUGAACUAAUCCGACAUACAUCACUGAUUAUAUGGGACGAAGCCCCUAUGGACCACAGGUUUGCAUUUGAAGCAUUUGAAGCACUUGAUCGCACUCUAAGGGAUAUAAUGGGAGACAAGAACUGCGAAUCAUCAUCUAAGUUGUUUGGUGGGAAGGUAGUAUUACUUGGAGGAGACUUUAGGCAGGUAUUACCCAUCAUCCCAAAAGGAGGAAGACAAGAUAUUGUACAAGCAUCGAUCAACAGAUCCUACAUUUGGAAUGAAUGCAAUGUGUUCAUUCUCAAACAAAGCAUGAGGGUACGAGAAGGGAACACAAACGCAGAGAACUACCAUAAAAACAAGAGGUUCAAUGAAGGGAUUUUAGCUAUGGGUGACGGGAGGCUUGAAACACAAUCUGAGGAACACGAAGCUGAAGGAACAUGGAUUGAAAUACCAAGUGAAUAUAUAGCAGAAGUGGAAAUAUCAGAAAUUGACGGGAUCGUGGAGACAAUUUACCCAGAUUUUCAACAGAGGAAAAGUGACGACAACUACUUAAGGGAAAGGGCUAUACUCACACCCUUAAAUGAAACCGCAUACACCAUAAAUGAAUACAUAAUGGGUCUCUUACCCAAAGAGGAAAGGACCUACACAAGCUGCGAUGAAAUAUGCUUAUCUUCAGCUGAAUGUGAUACACAGUUCAAUGCAUACCCAAGAGAAUAUUUGAACAGCCUAAAGUUACCAGGUUUACCCCACCAUGAGCUAAAGCUGAAAGAAGGAAUGCCGGUCAUGCUUCUUAGAAAUAUCAACCCGCCACAAGGCCUUUGCAAUGGGACUCGGCUUAUGAUAACCCACCUCCGAAAGUUUGUAAUAGAAGGAAGGAUCAUAACGGGCUCAAAACAGGGAAACAAAGUCCUAAUACCCAGAAUUGUCAUGACAUCAAAGGACAGCAAACUACCCUUCAUCUUAAAAAGAAGGCAAUACCCUUUGAAGCCUUGCUAUGCAAUGACAAUAAACAAGAGCCAAGGACAAUCACUUUCAUUUGUGGGAGUAUACUUACCGAAGCCUGUUUUCAGCCAUGGACAACUCUAUGUGGCAGCAUCAAGAACAACUUCUCCAGAGGGCCUAAAGUUCUUUAUCAAUGAUACCUACCAGAAAUACAAAAACCACACAAAGAACAUCGUCUACAAGGAAGUUUUUUCAAACUUGCCUAGCCUAACGAUUGACAAUGUUCCGAUAAUGCUCGAUUGGUUUAUUGAUGUUAAUGAGACUUAUGAUAAAGUUCAGCAGAAGCCAUCCAUCUCCGGUGCUUGCAAGAAGAACGUUGGUGCAUAG